AUUGCCAAACGGUAGACGCGUCGCUUUGCCGGUUUACGCGGAUACGAUUAGAAAGUUUAAAAAAAAAUAUUCAAUUCGUAAUAAAAAAAUAUGUAUAAACAUUUAUGUGUGUGUGUUCUGUUAUUGAUAUUGGGAAUUUUAGUGCGCACGCAGUCGUUUGGCGGACCAAGACAUGGUAAAGCCGUAGUGUGCUAUGUGGCGACUUGGGCGGCGUAUAGAAAAGGCGACGGAUCCUUCAGCGUGAACCAGUUGAAUCCACAGCUUUGUACCCACCUCGUGUACUCCUUCGCUGGACUGAAUCAGGAAACGAAUGGAAUCAAGAUAUUAGAUUCAUGGCUUGAUAUCGAGAAGGAAUCGGGAGCCUACAACCAAAUGGUGGCUCUGAAGAAUAGGUACCCCCACCUGAAGGUCACCAUAGCGAUUGGUGGCUGGAACGAGGGCUCAGAGAAGUAUUCAGCAAUGGCUUCCAAGAAACAGACAAGAGACACUUUCAUUCAGAGCGUUUUGGCAUUUUUGGAUAAAUACAAGUUCGAUGGUCUGGACCUCGACUGGGAGUACCCUGCUAAGAGGGGAGGACAACCGCAUGACAAAGCUAACUACGUCACCCUUGUAAAGGAACUAAAAGAAGCGUUCCAAGAUAAAGGUUACAUCCUUACAGCGGCUUUGGGCGCUGGGAAGAACACCAUGGACGUUGCAUACGACCUGGCAAAACUGAGCCGCUAUUUGGACUUGAUACACAUGAUGUGUUAUGAUUACCAUGGCACGUGGGACGGGUUUGUUGGUGCCAAUGCUCCCCUCAGGGGUGGAAGUGAUGAAGAUGCUUUAAGUGUGGAAUACACAAUCAAGUACAUGUUAUCCCACGGUGUUAGUCCAUAUAAAAUGGUGUUAGGUCUGCCCAUGUACGGACGGACGUUCAUACUGAGUGAUCCCGAUACUAGACAGAUCGAAUUCGGCAGGACUAAAGUACAAAACGUCGGUUUCAAAGGACGAUAUACAGGAGAAAACGGAUUCAUGGGAUACAACGAGAUAUGCCUAGAGCUGAACAACAAGACGUCGUCCUGGGAGAGGCUAUGGCAUAAGCCUUCGUCCACUCCAUACUUGCGUAAUGGUGACAAAAUCAUAUCCUACGAUAACGCCAGAUCCAUUGCUAUCAAAGUCAAGUUGGCCAUGGAUUAUAACUUAGGAGGGCUGAUGGUAUGGAGCAUAGAUACUGAUGACUUCAAAGGUCACUGCACUAGAGACACAGAUGCUUUCUUGGACUUUGUUGAAAGGCAUGAGACGAUGGUGGACGACCCAGUACUGAAUGAGGCGUUGAAGACGUUAAAACUUCGUGAUGCUCAUGACCACUCUGAUACAGCGUACGUCAUCUCCGGAGGCAAGCUGCAUCUGAGACUACCUGAACCUAUGCACUCUAAUUACCCAUUAAUGGAAACGAUUAACCAAGCCGCCAAUCUGGCGUUAGAAGAGAACCGUAUUGUAGAAGAGAUGGAUAGGAUAACGAAAGAGAACGCAAUAGAUCACGAAGAGGAGAGAAAACCAAGCUCAGCGCACACUAUUAGUGCUGACUUGUUCUAUAUAACACUGUAUCUUACUCUUCGACAGUUGAGUAAAAUUCUAAGGAUAUAAAAUUUAGAAGAUCAAAUUUAGAAUGUAGUCAAGUAUAUAGAGCUUAAAGAAAACGAAAAGAAUCAUAAAGAAAACUUUGAGAUUUUUACAGAUACGGCCUGCUGGAGCUGGUCUUUGCUUACCAAAUAUGAGCAUUGACAGAAUCAUUGAUCAACAAAAAAUUACACACAGAAAUAUGUUUGUUCAAAGUAUAAGGAUCGAUUUUGAGGUGUCGUUUCUCUAAAUGUAUCAUCAUAUCAGCCUUUAACUGUCCACUGCUGAACAGAAGCCUCCCCCUGGGGGGGUUUUGCCAGUAGUUGCCACGCUAAGCAGGCGGAUUGGCAACCGCAGUUAAGCUUUAGAGAUGUUUUAAGAGGGACGCUGUUGCCCAUCCCUAACCUUCCCUUAGUCGGCUCUUACGACACCCACGGGAAAGGAAGGGGUAGCCUAUUCUAUGUCAGGACCACACGGCCAAACUAAGCGUAUAUCUAAAAUUGAAUUUUUAAUUAGAUAUCACAGCAAAAUCUUUAUUCUAAGAACUAAUAUAAAUGAAUGAAUGAAAACUCUUUAUUGUUCUCUUCAAAGAAUGAUACAAAUUAUAAAGAACAACAAUAUGUACACAAACAUAAUGCAUAAUUAAUUACAUUUUUUUUAUACAACUAAGAAUGACAAACAAGCUGACGGCCCACCUGAUGGAAAGUAGUAACCGUCGCCUAUAGACAUGAGCAGUACCAUGGACAUAACAGAGUAUACUGUUUCGCCCAUGAUACCACCCCAUGCGUUGACAUUCCUGAGGACUCAGGUGUUAUUCCUCUGUACCCAGUAAAUUCACGCUAUAUCCCACCCUACAAACCGAAACACAGCCAUGCAAACACAACUGCUUCACGGUUGAAACACGAAUGUGACAGAGGUACCCAAGCGAUCGACUUUUGUACAAAGUCUCCCUCUGGUAUACAUAAAAGCAAAAUAAGGAGGCAACAAUGGGCGGCCUUGUCGCUAAAUAGCGAUCUCUUUCAGGCAACCUUAGGAUGGAGAGGAAUCAUUAAAAUUGUGUCUGGUCAAGGUACAAUAAUAUGGUCAAAUAGUAAUAUGAUUCAUAAAACUGUAGUUUGACGAAAUUAUGAAAUUAAAAUAUUAGUUUAAAGGAUAUGUUGAGAAAAAUGACACCUCGAAACCUUAUUACACAAUACAUAUGUUCGAGGUGUUUACCAAAAUUCCAUUACAUUAUCCAUAUAACCAAAAAAAAAAUGAUAUAAAUAUAUCUGUCUCACGUGUGACAUAGCGGAUACUGUGUUGCAAGGUAAAAUUAUUUGCUUAGAUUAUAUAGAAUUAUAAGAAUUAUAAUAUUUAAAUUUUGUCCAAAAUUGGACAGAUUAUAUAGAUAGAGCAUCCAACGUAAAAAAAACGUUAUUUUUUCUUUUUCUGGAUUCGGAUUUAUAAAAAAAGUGUUAACUUUUAAUUAGCCAAACGUAAACAAAUUGACUGACAUAAGUUUUUUUUUAUAAAUACCAAAAUAAAUACAGACAUAUUUUUUUAGUAUUGCAUUUUUAAUUACAUUAAAAUGUUCGCAUAUUUUCAAAUUAGAAUUGGGAUCUAUUUUUCUGAUAUUAUAUAAGUAUACAAAUGUAUGUAUCGCUUUUAAAUUAAUAUACAUGUAUUAAGUAAAAUGGCGACCAUUUUCAAUUAUUUAAAAACUAAAACAUAUUUCAUGUCCUUCUUAUAUGUAAAUGAAAGUAUUCAGUAAUGAUAACCAUCAUUACGAAUCAUUAUAGACUGUUUAUCUGACUCUUUCGAAUAGAUUUUAAUAAUUUUGUAUUAUUUAUUUUUCAAGUUUACAUCACUAUAUAUUUUCUCCCAUAUACUUAGUCAUAAAUGACAUUAUGGUACAUAGAUACAGUUUACCCUAUUUUUAGGGAAAUUUGUUUGGAUACACUCUAUCUAUAUAAUCUAAGUUAUUCGAUUUUUUCCCUUUCAAUGUGAUAAAAAAUAUUUUAAUGUAUUUGAGAUCCUUAAAUUAUUAAUAGGUUGAAUAAAUACACGUCGAAUUGAGCCCACAUCUCUGCUAUCCGGACUGACUGUGUUACCAGUUACACAGAAAGGAUUCUACCUAAAAUAAUAAAAUUGUAACUAAACAAUAUAUAUACAUGGGAGAUAUUAAAAAAAUAUAUAAAGUGUCUUAAUAAGAGCAACAGAUGUUAAAACAAUAUUAUUUGGAAAUUUUGUCUGUCUGUUUCUAUGCCUAAUCUGUCUGUAUAUUUAUUCCGACAUCAAACAAAAACUACUACACAAAAUUGAAAUGCAAUUUUCACAGAUUAUUCCUGAAGAUCUAAUUUAAAAUCAAGUGUAUAUUUAAUCUUGAUACGCCAUUUAGAAAUGGCCUAUUUCGUUAGUUUUGUUUUUUUUUUUUUUCUUCGGAAAUGCACGUGUAUGAAGUAACAAGCAUAAAGCUAGUCAACCAUAGAUUAAGGACUAACUUAAAUUCACUUAAAUUAAUAAGUUUUAUUAAAUAAAGUCCUGCCUGUCUUUAUUAGCAGAUUAUUCGACUUUUUUUUUAAAUCAUUACGCGUCAUUUGAGCGCCAUCUGCCGAUGUUAAAAAUUAAAAUUCAAGCUUCUCAUAUUCAAAUCAUCUUUAUUGAAACAGACUUGUAUACAAGCACUUUUUAAUUGUAUUUUUUUUUAUGAAUACAUAGUUCGGAGAGUUGUUAUCUGUUAAAAAGAGCCCGCAAGAAACUCAACAGUUGCUCUUUUAAAUCUCUGUUAACAUUAUGUGUAUUUGUUUAAAUGUACUAUGUCUAAUAUUACAUGGUAGUUAAUUAUAACUGUCUAUACUAACUAUAGACAUAACUGUCAGCUUACAAAUUCAAUAUCAAGUACUCUGGAAGUAUUUUUUCAACCAAUUAAUAAAUUCAAUGUACUUAGUAGACAGAAAGAAGUUACUAUUUACUAAUAUAACAAAAUUGUAAAUUGACAAUAUCUGUACAUAGCAAGUAUGUAAGAAAAAUUAAUAUCAGAAGUCUUAACAAGGACUAAAUAUAGCACAAUAAUUUUUAGUAAUUUAAUCUGUCUGCCUGUUUGUUCCGGUAUCACGCCAAAACUACUGCACCAAAUUGGAUGCGACUUUCACAAUUCUAUUCCUGAAGGUCUAACUUGAAAUCUGGUAUAUUUAUUUUUUACAACACAGGGGGCAAACGAGCAUGCGGCUCACCUGAUUGUAAGUGACUACCGCCGCCCAUGGUCACGCACAACACCAACGGCAUUGCAGGUGUGCUGCCGGCCUUUUAAAAGGGAAUAUGCUCUUUUCUUGAAGGUUAUGUUGUCGUAUCGGUUCGGAAAUACUGUUGCUGGAAGUUGAUUCCAAAGAGUGGUUGUGCGUGGGAGAAAGUGCCUUGAAAAACGCACGGUGGAAGACCGCCACUCGUCCAGAUGGUUGGGAUGAAAUUUUAGUUUAUGGCGGGUUGUACGAUGGUGAAAAUCAGCAGCAGCAUUGCAUCUGAAUACGUCAUCUGGCAAUAGUGUAUUGCAUUGGUUUUCCAACUUCGGAAAUCCACGCGUACGAAGUAGAAGGGAAAAGAUAGUAGGCAAUGAAACAAUGUUUAGUACAUAUAAAUAAUGUUUAAUAAAUAAGUUUUAUUUAUAAGUAUUUAUAUUUAUUUACAUCUUGUACUUACGUAAUGUAAGGCUUCAUAUUUCGACCUAUAAAUCAAUGUAAGGCGAACCGCAUCUCACGUUGUAGAAAUGAUCGCAGACCUGUGAAAUAAAAAUUAUAUUUUUAUAAAUUU